ACUUGCAGAUAUAGCAAUCUGCAUGAAUCGGGGCGAGGGUGGUGGCCAUAAGCCGCCGCAAUUCACGGCUUCCCCGUCGUGUCCUGUCCAGAGAAGCAUAGAACCAGAACCAGAUGUUGAUGCAAAGACCGAGAUGUCUGAAUCUGCGUGCAAAUGCAGUAUAUGAUUGCAUCAUUCACGUAACCAUUGAUGUGAAUGGGAUUUGAUAGGGGGUCGCGCUACGAGGUUGUUUCUCGAAAGAAAUCAUUAGCUAAUUUUGAUCGAAGUGGUGAUUCAUAUGUUUACCUGAAUAACAGACAUUAUUCUAUCUCUGAAAUUAGCAUUAUUUCCCUUCUCUGGAUAACAAUACCCAUUUUUCAUCAUCAUUGUAAUCCGGAAGACACUGCAUAAGGUGCUCCGAAUCUCGAUUUUGGUCUAUAAAACUUCGCAUUUCACUUUAAAAAGCUGCAAACUUCAGUUUCGGCUCUCUAAAUCCAAUUUAAUAAUUAAUUCGCACCUAGAUCUGUCUUUCUGUUCUUCGCCACCUUCUCUCUCCCUUGUCUCCCGGGAAAUCUGGUGUUUAAUUCGCUGUCUGGUGCUAAAGAACACGGGAGAUCAUGAGACGAUGUUCAUGUCGGGGCACGAAAUACGUCUGUCUUUUCGUCGCCCACUUACUAUCAGUACUCAUAUUUUCUGAAGCUGUGACAGCAGAGGCAUUCGAGUCGCUACUCGAGCUCCCGCGAUCCGGGUCGCGCCCCACCCGAUCCAAAUGCCGACGGGUCCUUCUCGUCAGCGACUUUGGUGCCAAAGGCGACGGCUACAACGACGACACUGGUGCGUUUGUGGAUGCUUGGAAGAGAGCAUGUUCGUCCACAGUGAAAACAAGGAUUUUGGUGCCGGAGAAUUACACCUGUCUCGUCCGUCCCGUUGAUUUUUCCGGCCCUUGUAAAGCAAAGCUCACUCUGCAGGUCUCUGGUACAAUCAUUGCUCCCAAAGAUCCUAGUGCAUGGGAGGGCCUAAACCCUCGGAAAUGGCUUUACUUCCGCGGUGUGAACCACUUGACGGUUGAAGGUGGAGGUGCUGUGAAUGGAAUGGGGCAGGAAUGGUGGAGAAGAUCUUGCAAAGUCAAUGAGUCGAAGCCUUGUCGAGGUGCUCCAACGGCCUUAACCUUCCACAAGUGUAAGGAUCUGAGAGUUAGAGACCUGAAAGUGGAGGAUAGCCAGCAAAUGCAUAUGGCAUUCACGAGCUGCUAUCGGGUGACACUGUCCGAUCUCAAGGUCAUAGCUCCGGGUUCUAGCCCCAACACUGACGGGAUUCAUGUAAGCGGUUCUCGAGGCGUCGUGGUAAAGAACGCGCUGGUCAGAACAGGAGAUGACUGUGUCUCGAUAGUGAACAAUUCAUCAAAGAUCUCCAUCAGCAACAUCGUAUGCGGUCCUGGCCACGGCAUAAGCAUCGGAAGCUUAGGAAAAUCGGAAUCUUGGGUUCAAGUGGAAGAUGUUAUAGUCGAUACGGCAUAUCUUUCCGACACUGAAAACGGAGUUCGGAUCAAAACAUGGCAGGGAGGACAUGGGUCGGUCUCCAGGAUCACAUUCCAGAAUAUUUUUAUGAAAAAUGUGUCCAACCCAAUUAUCAUUGAUCAAUAUUACUGUGAUUCCAAGAAGCCAUGUGUGAAUCAGACAUCAGCAGUUAACGUGGAGAACAUAUCAUUCAUUCACAUCCGAGGCACUUCAGCGACGGAAGAGGCGGUCACGUUCUCUUGCAGCGAUGAUUCACCAUGUCGGAAGAUUGUGAUGGAGGACAUCAUGCUCAUCUCCUCCAACACAGGAGGUGACACUCGUUGCUUUGGUUGGGAGGCCUACGGUUCAUGCUCAGGUCAUGUGUACCCUCCUUGCCUCUCUCUCGAGUCCUGCUUCUUGCUCCAGAAAGUUCAGCCCAACACGCUACCUGUAUACGUUUGAAGGGUGAAUUUCAGAUUUGUAAAUGCAUCCGCGUUCACGGAAAUGCAACAAAACCCUUUGAAGUUUGA